AUGGCGAUCCGCCGUUCCGCGCGCCUUCGUCGCGCCCAGGAAUCCCCGGAUGUUGAAGAGAUGGCUCCUCAGCCAGUCGCGGCUUCCACUUCCAGACUGACCUCCGUUGCCGAGGGCGAGGAGACUGAAAGCUCCGAACUCCCACACAUCCAAUCCCCCCUAACGAAAACUCCUUCCAAAAAAACACCUCGCGCAUCUGCUCAACAAAAGCGCGCUAGUAUGAGGACCCCCACUAGUGUGACUGCGGCUCGUCCGUCCCGCGAAGAAAUGCACCCCAGCAAGGCGCAACAGAGCACAACUAAGCACGCAGAUUCAGGCCUCCUCCUUGGAUUCAAUCCCAUCAAGAAAGAUGCCAAUGGCAAUGUAGUCAAGCAUGACAUCAGUGACAACACUCCGACCAAGUCUAAGGCGUCUCCCACGACCGACCAGUUUGGGACCCCAGGAUUCGAAUACAAAUUUCACUCCCAGGAGGCAGAGCUCAGCGAGGAAGCUAAGUUGCUCAUGGAAAGCGUCCGUGCUGAUGCCGCUCGAAUCAAGGCGCAACUGGUUCAGAACAACCCUAAACAAGAGCAUGAAGAUCGUGAGGCUGCACAAAUUCAUGGAGACCGGAAGAUCGCCAUGCCAAAGGGCAAGGCCAACCGCUUCAACGACAUCCACAUGGCCGCAUUCAGAAAGAUGGACUCGAUUGCCGGGCAUGCUUCAUCUUUCCGCGCUACUCCCGGUCGCUUCCAGCCUGUUACCAAGUCCUUGAAACGGUCCAAGUCCAAGGCACAGCUUGACGAACCAGAAAGCCAGAACUCCUCACCUUCUCGCUCUGCCACCAAGACCUCAAACCUGUCUGCUCCCACGGCCGCUACAACAGCUAAGCGUGUCAAGCACAGCCAAAGUGAAGAUACAUCCACUCGUCAUGGACCACAGAAGGAUGAAUCACAGAAGGUCGAAACCCCUCGCCGACCCGCAGGUCCUCGCCCUCGCCCUCGCCCUCGCACAAGCGUUCGCAGUUCCCUCAUGACCCCCACACACGCUUCGCUCUCUCGUACGACCUCUACCACCAUCAAAGCGCCGAGGACCUCGAUGAUUCCAUCUUUGAAAUUCUCCCCGGCUGCCAAAACCAUGGCUUCGCCUCGAACUCCUCGCACUGAUUUCAACCCACGCCUCAAGAGCAAUUUGCCCACCCUUGGUAGCCUUAGAUCUAUUCUUCGUAGACGCCAGCCACUCUUCUCCCGCGACCCUGCCAAAAUUGCGUCUGGAACACACGUUGCGGCGCCUGAUUUCAAUCCCAAGUCGCUCUUUGGAGGAGCUGGUGAUAUGAGCGACACCGCUCCAACCCCUUCACCGAAGAAGCACGUUGAAUUCACUCCGAGUGUCAAGUCUCGUCACGAACUUGCUGUCGCCUCACCUUCUCCUUCCAAGGUCCCUUCCGCUCAGCGUCGUUCCAUGACUGGAGAUGUGGUCUAUCCUACCCUCCCGGCUCUCACCCCCGAGAAGAACUCGGCUGUUUUAACUUCCAGUACUCCUACUUCUGAAUUCAAGUCCAUUCGUCAUGUUCGCAAAUCGGAUGCCGCUGAAGACCCUGCUCAAUAUCAAGAGCUUCCUGUGGUGGCUCACGGCAUUGCUCAUGGCAUUGCUAAUAAAAAGAGGCACCGCGAUGAAAUUAACGACGAGGAUGCCCCCAUCACUGCAAAUAGUGAGAAUGUGCCACCUACUGGUGCGCAGUCUGCUGAGCGCAGCACCAAGAGGUUCAAGUCUAAUCCGCCUACUCCAAGCCCGGUGAAGAAACGUCUCGCCAAGACUCCCGUGCGUCCUUCUUCUAGCCAAAUCGGUACUCCCGCUAGCAAGCAAAAGAGCCGCGGUCUUAGUAUGAGCCGCCUCAACAUGCUUUCAAAGCCGAAGAGACAGGCAUAG